AGAAUGGUGACGUCUUUGAUCAAAGGUUUGUAGUAUCGAAAGUGACUUCGAACAAGGCAACACCCACAUACAUACACAGAUAUAAUCUAGAUAAGUAGCUCAAUGUUAUGUGUCCGACAGAGGAAACUUCCCCUUGGUUUAUGCUAUUUACACGAUUGCUUUAAAACAAACAAGACAAUUUUCUAUAAUAUCAAUGUAAUAAAUGUCAGAUCUUCAGCAAACGACCGCUCACCAUCAUUACUACGACGACUACUGCUGCUGCUGCUGCCACAGUCUAACAACUGACAUCCGCAAUCACUCGCCUCAGUGAGAAAAAAUAGGAAGUCAUGCUAUCAACAACAUCGUAUUGCAGUAGCUAUGUAUUUAUAAAGGAAUGCAUUACUUCGGUUGAUUCAUGACUUAAUCACCACCUUUAUUGAAGACGUCAACAGUUACAGAUCUCACCUGAACGAUUUUCCACGGGAAGCAAAACAAUUUGGUGGGCUACAUCCUUUCUUGCUCUAGUGUACUAAUUAACUCUUCUUGACAUACACAUAUACAGAGAGGUGGGGGGGAGAUUCUCACACAUAGAUACAUACAAACACAUAUAAAAGAAGAAGAAGAAGAGAUUGAGAAAUGAAACAGCUACCCCAGGGUCAUGGCAAGUAUGAAGUGGGAGCCAUGGAUAUCAUGACUGAGAGGAGUGAAGAAAAACCUGAUGGAUGUUUUCUUAGAAUAUAUUACCCCACCAUGUUGAAUUCAGAGGCCGCAAAAGGCCUGAGUUCAUCAUCCAGCAUGAAGUCAAACAUCAGUGAAUGUAACUAUUACUCUCCUGAGAAGCAGAAUAAUAUAAGUUGGUUACCAAAAUCACAAUACCGAGAUGGAUAUAUACGCUUCAUUGGCAAAGAAAACUCAACUUUAUACAACUGUCUCUUCAAUUGGUUUGGUGGUAAUGUCCUCAUUCCAGUGCUGUGGAUGUCUCCAGUAUUUUCUGAUGACAAUAUUAACAAAUUUCCUGUUGUCAUAUUCUCCCAUGGCCUUGGAGGUAUGCGUACAACCUACUCCACUAUUUGCAUUGAUCUCGCAUCCCAUGGAUUCAUUGUUGUGGCAGUGGAGCACAGAGAUGGCUCAGCCUCUGCAACCUAUUACCUAAAUGAAUGCAGUCUGUUUGAUGAAGAAGGUAGUAACAUUGAUAAAUCUGACAGUAUUGGUCGUGUUUUCGAAGAAGAAUGGAAGAUGUAUGAACAACACAACAGAGAUGAUUUUGUUUUGAGAAAUAAACAGGUUAAAAUCAGACAACAAGAAUGUAUCCAAGCACUAGAGCUCCUUCACAAACUCAAUAAUGGGGAAACAAUUUCUAACCUUCUUGACACUAAUAUGAGUUCUGACCUUUUCAAGGAACAUUUGGAUCUGUCUAAUGUAUGUAUUGCUGGACAUUCUUUUGGAGGAGCCACAACUAUUAUGGUCCUUGCUAAAGACAAAAGGUUUAGAGCUGGAGUGGUGUUGGAUGGUUGGAUGUUACCCUUGGAGGACAAUAUUUAUGCUCAAGUUACUCAGCCAGUUCUAAUGCUUAAUACAGAAACCUUUCAGUGGAAAAGAAAUGUCCUGAAAAUGAAAAACCUUGAAUGCACAGAACAAAACAGAAUUAUGUUAACAAUAUUAGGAACUUGUCACCAAAGCAGCACAGACUUCCAGUUCCUUUGCAGCCACUACAUGGGUCGGAUCAUGAAAUUCUGUCACAAUUUAGCACCAAAUGAUACUAUAGACAUAACUGGAAAAAUAGUGCGAGGAUUUCUUUGUAAAAUUCUUGGUAUUACUGAUAAAGAAUUACAUGAAGACUUGCUGACAGGAAAACACGAAUGGCUUAUCUGUGGAACCAAUGUAAAUUUGCAAAAAACUGGUCACUGAAAAUCAUCUGUGAUAAAAAGUUGCUUGUUUUCUUCAGACAGUUCAACACAAAGUAUCAGAUUUCCUUUAAAAACUUCAACAGGUUGUAUCAGGUUGUUGAAAGAAAAAAAGACAAUUAAUUGGUUAUUUCUACAUUAUAUUUUCUUAGUUUGUAAAAUUAGAAAAAUUUUAUACAAGUAAUCAUUCCUCUCCAGUCUUGAUCCAGUUUUCACUAAUUAAAAAUCAUGGUUCAGAUAAAUCUAAAGUAAUAAAAAAGAGAUUAUUGGGUUUAAAUAUUUUUUCUCAAAAUUUACAGUGGUUAAAUAAAGAUAAAUUUUUACUGAAAA